AGGAAAGCUGGAAUGGGUGAGGAGGGUUUUGUUUUUAUCAUCAAUAGAAGAGAAGAGAAAAGAAAAGAAAAGAAAAAGAAAAGAAAAUGGGUCGUGGAGCAGAGGAAGAGUACGAUUAUCUGUUCAAGGUUGUGCUUAUCGGGGAUUCGGGUGUUGGAAAAUCGAAUCUUCUGUCCCGAUUCACUCGGAACGAGUUCUGUCUGGAGUCGAAGUCGACGAUUGGCGUGGAAUUCGCUACUCGGACUCUAGAGGUGGAGGGAAGAAGCGUGAAAGCUCAGAUAUGGGACACGGCUGGACAGGAACGAUACAGAGCCAUAACCAGUGCCUACUACCGUGGUGCCCUCGGAGCUCUUCUUGUCUACGACGUCACAAAACCAACCACAUUCGAAAACGUCAGCCGGUGGCUCAAGGAGCUCAGGGAUCACGCCGAUGCCAACAUCGUCAUCAUGCUCAUCGGUAACAAGACAGAUCUGAAGCAUCUCAGAGCUGUUGCCACCGAAGAUGCCCAAGGUUAUGCUGAGAAGGAGGGUCUCUCUUUCAUCGAGACAUCUGCUCUUGAAGCUACUAAUGUCGAAAAGGCUUUCCAGACCAUUCUCUCCGAGAUCUACCGCAUAAUCAGUAAGAAAUCACUCUCCUCCACUCCUCACCCUGCAUCUUCCACUGUUAAAGAAGGCAAGACCAUCACAGUUCGCGAUUCCCAAUCCACCACUACAACCACCCCUUGUUGUACUUCCUCCUGAGGAGUACCUUAUCCCACUACACUUCUUCACAAUAUGGAUCUUUCCUGCUCUUGUUUAUCGAUUCUUUCCUCGCUUUAUCAAAACUUCUAAAUAUCUAUAAAAGUAACUACACUCCAUCUUCCUUUUUUUCAUCAUUCACAGAUACCAUUUUUAUUUCCUAUUUCUUUGUUUUGCUUCGCAUGUCUAACAACAACCACUCAUACAAACGUUGUGUGCCGCCACUGUCAGUAAACCCCUAAUGCAGCCUAGUUCAGACAUCAAAAGAGAGGAUGAAACUCCCAGUGUUCUACAUUUUUUUAAAAUUCAAGCAAACAACAUAUUUUCACUUUUUUUUUUCUUUUUCAGAUAAAUAAAUUAAUCAAGCAUAUUCUAGUUUCUAUCUUC